ACUCAAACACAGCCACACAACACUUCCUCAGAAGCAUAUCAGAACCUCCCAGCUAGCAAUGGCGAAGUGUCUUGCCGUCGCGCUCCUGCUACUGGUGGUGCUCGCGUCCUGCGAUGGGAGGGAGCUGAGCCAGAAGGACAGCGCACUUGGAGCGGCGCGUGGUGCCGGCGCCGGAGGUGGCGUCGCCGAGUCCAAGGCUUCUUCGGGUUCGGGGUUGCCGGACUUGCCGGUGGUGGGAACCGGUACCGGUACCAGUACCAUUAACGGCCCGCUGGUGGUGAUUCCUGGGGCCCCUACUCAUGCAUGAUCAUCUUGUGUGCAUGUGCUGACUUGCAUACAUACAUACAAGCUGAAGCUGAACUUGUGGGUUUUACUAGAUUUCUAUAGCCGGCAUCGCCCGGAAGAAAAACACCUGCGUUUCGCUCAUGUCCACGUUCCUCAAUGAGCGUUUGUAUCCGUUUUUUUUUUGAAGUUUAUAUAUACUGGUUCCUUGGUUUGCUACAUGUAACAUCAACGUAAUACAUACUCCUACUUUGUCAA